AUGAAGCUUCUGCUGCUGAGUCUGGCCCUGGUCUAUGGCAUCCAGACUCACCAUACCUGUUCUGAGGAGCACCAACCAGAUCUCACAGGAACCUGGUACACUGUUUCAGUGGCCUCAAAUGAUACAGCUAAGAUUGAGGAAGGAGGUCCCUUGAGGAUUUUUGUCCAAAAACUCAUUUUAGAGAAUGGUAACCUGCGUGCAGUCUUCUUCAAAAGAGAAAAUGGAAAGUGCACCCAAUUUUCUGUGUCAGCUAACCCAGCAGAGGAAGAUGGCCAGAUGAAGGUGGAAUAUUACGGAAGUAAUGAUCUCUACCUUGAAAGUUUCAAAGAGGAUGAAUAUGCCAUAUUUAUCUUAUAUAACCACAAUAAUAACAAGGUGACCCUUUGGGGAGAACUCUUUGGUCGUACUCCAAACUUGAGUGAUGAUAUAAAGAACAAAUUUGAGGAAACUUGUAUAAAUUUAGGACUGAAAAGGGAACACAUUUUAGAUGUAUCUGAAACUGAUCGGUGCCAGGAACUUGAAUAA